UAGAGGUAGAAAUGCAAUUAUCAAAGCUCAAUGUCCUUGGCCUCAAUUGGCUACAAAAGUUGAUCCUUAUCUUCUAAUUCCACAAAUUUGAAAGGGCUCAGCUGCAAAUUACUCGAAAAAUAUUGUGUUUUCAUCCGUCCAUUCACCCCUUCUCUGCUGCCGCCAUUUCUAUCGUCAUCUACGUAAGCGCUGUCUCUCUCUCACACACAGGUGCCCUCGAACGCCUUCACCCACGCACUCUGAUUCCUUUGCUAGGCAUUUCAUUUGUUGAAUUGCAUCUCGUAGUCGAGGUGUUUGAUCCUAAGCGAUAAGUUAACUGAGAGUUUGCAUUUCCCCAAUUUGCUCAACUUUUGGAUUCCAUAUUCCGUGAUUGGCUCCCCAUAAGAGCAAAGACAGAAUUCGAUUGCAUCCCUGAAAAUCAAGUAUUCAAUUUUUAUUUCCUUUUGAUUUACGAUUUAUAGCAGCCUCUCUUAGUUGUGGCAAGUGUUAUUGCGUUGGAAUCUUAAGAGAUUGUGGUGGAGAAAAAAUGCCUGCUUUAGCUGCAAGUAGGCUGCUUCUUCUUGUUGGCGACGCCAUAUCAUCAGGGAAAUCUUGUGUGUUUUCACGUGUAAGUCCUCGAUACAGCAGCGUGCGUCGAUAUAGUCGUGUUAGUAGCGAGAACAGCAAGUCUCUCACCCUAAAGAGUCUUGGAUUCAAGAGUGAAGUUCUGAGGAGUGAUGGAAAUGAUAAAAACAAACUCAGUAAGGGGAUUUCCACAAUCGAGGUCCCUAAAAAUAGAGAGAGGAAGGGCAUUCCUAGAGAAGCCAAUGCAGUUAAGAAGAAAGAGAGGGUUGAUGUUGCAGCAUUGGCUCCGUUUGCUGCACAGUCUUUCUCGGAGCUCGGCCUCCCACCGUUGUUAGUUGAGAGGUUGGAGAAGGAAGGCUAUAAUGUCCCGACAGACGUCCAGGCUGCAGCGGUUCCCACCAUUCUCAAGGAGCAUGAUGUUGUUAUACAGUCGUACACGGGUUCAGGGAAGACGCUGGCGUAUGUUCUUCCCAUACUCUCUGAGGUUGGGCCGUUCAAAGGUGAUGAUGAGCGUAGGAGUAAGAUGGGCGUACAAGCUGUUGUCCUGGCGCCAUCAAGGGAGCUCGGGAUGCAGAUUGUGAGGGAGGUUGAGAAGCUACUCGGACCUGAGGAUAAGAGAUUGGUACAACAGCUUGUUGGAGGUGCAAACAAGUCGAGGCAGGAGGAGGCACUUAAGAAGAACAAGCCAGUGAUUGUUGUUGGGACGCCUGGGCGCAUUGCAGAGAUAAGUGCAUCGGGGAAGCUUCAAACACAUAGCUGCCGGUAUUUGGUUUUGGACGAGGUGGAUGAGCUGCUAGCGUUUAAUUUUAGGGAGGAUAUGCACCGUAUAUUGGAGCACGUUGGCAGGAGAUCCGGUGCAGCUCAGAGUGUCCCGAAUGGCCCUAAAGCCAGGCGAGCUGAGCGCCAGACUAUAAUGGUUUCUGCAACGAUUCCAUUUUCAGUUAUCAGGGCAGCUAGGAGUUGGGGUUAUGAGCCUCUUCUUGUCCAGGCCAAGAGCGUCAUCCCAAUUGAGACCAUUCCUGCUCCUGCACCAAUUAAACCGUCAGAAACGCCUUCUGACUCCAGCUCUGGUGGCGCAACCGCGCAGGGGCAGGCUCAGGUGCAAAGCCUACCGCCUUCCCUGACACACUACUACUCCGUCACAAGGUUGCAGCACAAGGUGGACGCACUGAGAAGAUGUGUACACGCUCUUGAUGCAAAAUGUGUGAUGGUUUUCAUGAACCACACGAAACAGCUAAAGGAUACAGUCUUCAAGCUGGAGGCUCGUGGAAUGAAAGCAGCAGAGCUGCACGGAGAUCUUAGCAAGCUCUCUAGAUCAACAAUCUUGAAGAAGUUUAGAAAUGGGGAUGUGAGAGUGUUGCUAACCAAUGAACUCUCUGCCAGAGGCUUAGAUAUUCCAGAAUGUGAUCUUGUGGUUAAUCUGGAGCUGCCUACUGACUCUACACAUUAUGCUCACCGGGCUGGCCGGACGGGGCGCCUUGGCAGAAAGGGCACUGUGGUUUCCAUAUGUGAGGAGUCGGAAGUUUUUGUUAUGAAGAAGAUGCAGAAGCAGCUCGGUGUUGUGAUUGAAUCCUGCGAGUUUGCUGAGGGAAAACUUACUGUCAAUGAAGAUAAGAAAACCGUGGGUCUUAAUGUUUAAUUCUGUUCAUCUUUUUGGUGAUUCAUCUUCACUAGUAAGUAGAACCAGUUAUGCAGGCAAGAUGCCUCUCAUGUAGUUUGAGCAGAUGCUAUACUUGUUCAUACCAUGAUGUUUUAGAGGAAGUUGAGGUUUGUUUUUAA